AAGCCUCGUCCAGCGCUUUCUCCAAGAGUAGGAGAGUUCGACGUCCGCAAAAUGUCGACGGAGACUUGUUCGUCGGUAUGUGAUUCGACAGCUGAUGUGGAGAUCAAGCUAGAGGGAAAUGGCCCGUGGACCCUUGGCAGCGACAUCACACUUAUACACACCCCAGGACACACAAAAGGUUCCGUAUGCUUACUCGACAAAACUAGGAGGAUCCUCUUUACCGGUGACCAUCUUCUGAUGGAUGAAUUUGGAUGGAGCAUACUAGACCAAUACAAUUGGUUUUCAGUUACCGAACAAUUGAAGAGUGUCCAGAAGUUGGUUGAGCUGGAUUUUGAAUGGAUACUACCUGGACAUGGGAGGAGAGCAUCAUUUCAAAAUGCCCAGGAAAAAGACACGUCGUUCAAAGCUUUCUUGGCUGCCAGAGGAUUUCAGGGUUAGACGUUUUGCAAAUUU